AUGGGCUCGAGUAGUAUGCCGAGAAUGUACUCUUCCAUGCCGGCGCUGUCAUUCUCAGUCUCAGACAAUGAUAACGCUGAUAGUAGUGGCAAUAUGUUCAGGCAAUACAAAAGUCUGUCUCAAGCCUUCUUCACAAAGUACCAAGAACAAACUGGGAUCAGCCCGGCGACUGCACAAAAACCGGCUCCUUUCAAGAUGCGAUGGAUCAAUGGGUUCAACCACAAGGUCGGGGUCAUCAACCUGAAUGACAGAGGCAGCACCAUAUUGUUCUACUCGGCCUCCAACUGCGGAGUGAUAUACAACUGGUCCACACAUCAGAUGUGGCUCCUCCAGGGACAUAGACAUAUGAUCACAUGCAUAGCAGCGGACGACAGGGGCCGGUGGCUGGUGACAGCCGACUCUGGCUCAGAAAACGUGCUAAUAGUGUGGGAUGUCAAGGAUCUAUUCCCGCAGAAAACAUUUUUUGCGCCACACGGCAACGCUAAGAUUGCUAAAGUGGCAAUAAGUAGUGACGCCAAGUAUUUACUGUCCAUGGCGUACCCCUCAGAGAAGAUGUCGUUAUACUUUUGGAUCUGGUCUUAUGGACAAGAUUAUCCCCAUGCGACAUAUGAAGAACCUACUAUCGUUCGAGAUAGCAUCGUAGAAUUGGGAUUUAAUCCAUCGAAAUCUGAACAGUUUCUCAUGAUGACCAGAAUUAAUAUUUAUAUUGGCGUUUCGAAAAAAGUUGUACUAGUUGAGCGCGGGAUCUCAAAAGAGACAGACCGAUGGGAGAUGAAGGUGAAAUCAAUGGACAAAGUGAAUCCAGAAUAUGGGAGGUUGAUGUGUUAUACCUUCGUAAAGGGGGCCUCUCAGAUCUUGGUGGGCACCAGUCGGGGCGCCGUGCUGGUCUACGGGUACACCAUCGAGUACAAGGCCAACGUAGAGCCUUUGAAUAUUGAGCACCUCAGAUAUAUCAAGAUGUUGAAGUUAAACAAGAGGAUGAUUCAUGUCAUCAAGAAUAUUGACGGCGUGAUAGUGACGGGCAAUAGUUGUGGCGAGAUUCACUUCUACGACUACCAGCUGCGGCUGCUGUACUGGGUGCACGGGUUCACGGUGGAUCGCGUGAAGGCACUCAGCUUCAACAUCUCCCCCAGGAGCUCCAUGAUACUUGAUCCGAAAUGUAACAAGAUCUGUCCCUGUUGGGAGAAAGUGGAGGUUGAAAAAGACCCGGUCACUGGCGAGAUACAGCAGAAACUGAUCAAGAUGCGGCUGCCUUCAGACGCCACCGUCGGUGGCAAGCCCUUCCUCGUCAGGGAUUUUAUAAUCACUACAUAUAACCAAGGAGUGGGCUUCGUAGAUUUUGUCACUGAGAAGUAUACAACAAUACUGGACCACAACAGAUCCUUUGUCCAAACGAUGUCCGUGCACCCGGAGAAGACCAUGUUAUGUCUCGGUUACAAAAACGGGAUAGUGGAGCUAUUCGACUUCUCCCUACACAAGCUGGUCACACGCCUCGACCUGCGCAGCACGUACACCGUGGUCGUGCCACCUAAUGACGACUCCAUCAACUGUAACUUCGCUAUCACAGUACCCGAACUGUCUGUCACCUGCCUAAAAUACUCUCCUUCAGGCAUGCACCUGGCUUGUGGUUUGAACACGGGCCAGAUUCUAUUCCUCGACCCCACCACUAUCGAUAUCCUCACCCCGACGCCGUUCUCCGACACCAACGGUGACAUCAAGUACAUGUGCUUCAGCCAGGACUCCAUCUCACUCGCUACUGCCGACGCAGGUCGAACAGUUUGUGUUUACAAGUACAACUGUAAAACAUUCAAGUGGGUGUUUAUUGGUAAACAUAGGUCGCAUUACAAGGACAUUACCGCCCUCGUCUUCAUGCCCUUUAAGACAGACGGUGGAGAAUACAAGUUGGUAUCGUUGGGCUUGGACCGAUGUAUGGUGGAGUAUGACAUUGCCAGCAGCAAUGAGGAGUACCUUGAGAUUGUCAGCCUGGACCGUGUGGAUCAGACAGCCUUGCCACUCGCCGCAAUCGCGUGGCCCACGCCCGCAGAUCUCGACCCGGAGGAAUACAGAACUGAUUUACCGAUGUUACUCAUGGCUAACGAUGAAUUUAAAUACAAGAUAGUGAACUACGCAACAACGAUGACGUUGUCAACUGUGCUGGGUCCUAGAUACGAUCACCCGGUCAAUAGGAUGCAGCUGAUUACUAAUAAAAUUGGGGAGGAGAACAACCAGUACUUGCUGUUCGGUUGUAGAGAGGUCAUAGGCAUGCAAAAGAUGCCACUCGAUGGCAAUCCCUGGAAACAUGUUGGGCUUCUGGGACAUCCAAUUAAGGUUAUAGAAAUGUGUUUCCGAGAAGAUCUGGAAAUUUUGUUCACUAUCGGUGCGAGGGAUACUACCUUCACGCAGUGGAUCGCUCAUUUCAAAUCAGUAGAAACAACAACGAAGCGUGGGGGACCGAACUUAGACCCGUAUUACUGCCUCGUGGAGAAUGGCCGUCCGGGCUGGCUGUUCCAGGAAAUACGCGACCUCUUUUACUACAUUCAGAUACUCUGCCAAGGCACCUUUUCACCAGCUAGGAGACGGGUCAAGGAUUACAUUCCGAUAGACUCACUGCCCGAUCUCAUGAGGGCGCUAGGAUUCUUUCCAUCCGAAUAUGAGGUGGAAAAUAUAUUAAUCGAAGCAAAAUAUAAAGUGUACCUUCGUACUCCGGUAACGGAAAUAGAUUUUGAAGAGUUUGUGAAGCUAUACCUGAACCAUCGGCCGGUGUUCGGUGAGAACUUCAAGCGCCUGCGCUUAGCAUUCCGCACUUUUGCCAACGUCACUAAGGAUGGAUUCUCUAUAAAACGAAACGAUUUCAUUGAAAUACUCACUUCGAAUGGAGAAUACUUUACUCGGGAAUUAUGCUGGUACCUACUGACUAUCCUGUCUGGACACAGCAUCGAAGACAGAGCACUGAUGAACGAAGACGAUUUUUCAUUCUUGCCAGAACGGAUCAGCUUCUCAGACUUAGUGACGGAGAUCAUUGGCAUACAAGAAAUCGACAAUGUGUCAGACACAUACACUGGUAUGGAGUCUAUGGUUUCCCUACACACAAUUGAAUCCAACGAUUCCAAUGAUGAGAAAUGA